GUAUGUAUGUAUGUACGUAGAUGUUUAUUUAAAUUUCAUAUCUACUUUGCCAAAAUUCAUAUAUAUAUAUUUGCAUAAUGUUAUGAACCAGCUCCAACAGAUGAAGAUAUAAUAUCAGCAAUGCUUGAUGAGCUUUGUUUCAUCUUCCCUGUAGUUUUCCACUUCCAUAUGAUCUAGCUGCUUAUAGACGAUCAUUAAAUUAAGGAAGGAGAAAACGUUACCUGUCGUUACAGUAAGACUGAUAUAUAAAUAUUCACUUAUUUCGUUUGCUCAACUAUUAUUGCAUUUGCAUCCAUCUUUUAUUUCUUUUGUUUUCGUGACCCAAAAAAUGCAGACCUAGAAAAGAACAAAAAGGAAAUGGCAAUAGUGUUGAAAGAGAAAGACGAUCUUAAUCAAGAGAUAUCAAAUAUCAGAUCUCAACUUAAAGCUGAAGCUCAACCUCAACAACUACACCUCAAUCAUAUAUCCAAAGAGUCUCUAAGUUUACUAAUCGCGGAGUCAACAAAUAGAGUUAAUGAACUUGAGGAUAGGUUAAAACUAACUCUAAGCUUACAAACAGAGUCUACGAAUAAAGUGAAGGAGCUCGAAGAUAGGUUAAAAGAGUCUGUCAUCUUGCAAACCGAGUCGGCAAAUAGAGUUAAGGAACUUGAAGAUAGGUUAAAAGAGGUUGAAAUCUUGCAAGCAGAGUCAACAAAUAGAGUGAGGCAGGUUGAGGCAUCCCUUGAAUCGAAAUCUGAAUGGUGGAAUAAGAAAGAAAAUUUUUACCAUACAUUCACCGAAUUUCAGCUCGGUGCACUACGUGUAAUGCUUCUCUCUCUACAAUCUUUAUCAUUAUGUAUCCAUUUAUUUGGAUUAAGUGAUUUCAAUCGUAUUGUUCAUAUAUUUCAUUUCAGGAACUAAAAUUUGCAUCUCAGUCGAUACACCAAGAAAUUGUGAAAACAAAGAAAAGCUAUUCAGAUGAAUCCACUACUUUAGGUAAUUCUAGUUUUUUUUUUAUCCUUCUAUGAAAUUUAUAUUAAUAUAAACUAAUCGCUGUAACAGGGUCAAGGAUCAAGGCUCUAGAUGAUGCAGCGAAUAACUAUUAUUCAAUUCUUGCUGAAGAUCGAAAGUUGCACAAUGAACUGCAAGAGUUAAAAGGUGACGUACACAUUAUAGUUGAACAUAAAAUAGAACACACACACACUAAAUUGGUGUAUUUCCUUACGUGUUCAUUUGAAUAGGAAAUAUUAGGGUGUGUUGCCGGAUAAGGCCAUUUCUACCAGGGCAAAAAAGGAAACAUUCGAUUUUUGAGUACAUUGGAGACAAUGG